UUCUGCACUCUCUUGCUGCUCUUUGCUGAGCUGAAGAGGAAAACAAUCAUGAGCAGGACGGGCUUACGAGCACGUACCUUGCCACCGAUCAAAUACUGCUUCACUUUGGGAAGAUGCGCGGCAGCUGUUUCUCCUAUCACCUGUACCAGAUGAAUCUCUCCUCUAGCUUCUUCCAGCUGGAAUCUGAAGUGCAUUUAUUAGCUCAGAGAAGUGGAACAUUUAUCAAUUCUUUAAUUGCUGCUUCGACCAUUGGUGGGCAACAGCUUUGCUCUUCUUUCACAUUCAGAUGUCCCUGUCAGGCUGGAAAAAAUUUCUACUACGGUUCUGCUUUUCUAGUCAUUCCAGCCUUGAUCCUUCUGGUUGCCGGCUAUGCUCUGAGAAGCCAGAUGUGGACCAUGACCAGUGAAUACUGCUGCCGCUGUGGCCCUCCACAGAGGAGAAUCAGCCCCCUGGAGCGCAAGCUCGCUUGUCUUCGGUUCUUCAGCAUCACCGGGAGGGCACUCGUUGCCCCAUUAACAUGGCUGGCCGUAACCCUGCUGACAGGCACCUACUAUGAAUGUGCGGCAAGUGAAUUCGCAUCUGUGGACCAUGACCCAGUGUUUCACAACAUCAGCACCAGCAAAUGGAAAGAGGUCCUAGCUGGGUUUCCAUGUGGCAAAUCGGUUCCAUCCGACAUGAUCCUGGUAAGAGAUGAAGUAGGUCUUCUGCACAGAUACCAGUCACAAAUGCUGGGCUGGAUUGUGAUCACCUUGGCAGCCAUCGCUGCCCUGGUCUCCCGCUGCGUGGCGAGGUGCUGCUCUCCCCUCACCUCUCUGCAGCACUACUACUGGGCCAACCACCUCCACAACGAGAGGGAGCUCUUUGAACAAGCUGCCGAGCAGCAUUCACGGCUCCUCAUCAUGCAGCGCAUAAAGAAACUCUUUGGCUUCAUUCCUGGAGAGGAAGAUGUCAGACACAUCCGUAUUCCUUCGUGUCAGGACUGGAGAGAUAUUUCAGCACCCAGUCUUCUCUGCAUGGGUACAAUUAAACUUCUUCAAUCUCAGUACACCAGACCUUAGACAGAAAUGGAUUUCAAGUGUUGUUUCCUCUGCUGCCUCUCUGUGGCCAAAGUAAGUAUCUGCACCCAUCUGUAAUAGUGGUUAAUAGUAAAAAUGGUAUGUGGUGUUUACUGCAUGCCAGCUACUUUACCAAAUUUAUCCCAUUUGCUCUUUGCAACAAACUGGUAAACAGAAUCAUAUAUUCUGAUAUGACUUGCUGAAAUGGCCUAAAUAACAGAGAGAAUGUGAAGCAAUUUUGUGUAUGUAAAGUUCUACACAUAUGAAAUGCUUUCUCACUGACAUAUUAUGAGAUAACUGGUGAACCAUGGAACCAUUCAUAAUUAGAAUCCAAACCUAUCUUACCCCAAUAAAAUAAGUUCCCCCAUUUUACUGAUGAAGCAACUGAGAUACAGAGAAGUCCAGCAAUUUGCCAAAGGACACAGAUUGUAAUGAUAGAGCUCGAAUCUGGCCCGAGUAGUCUGACUUCUGAUCCUGCACUCAUUAGCACUGUGCUGGAAUAUAGCAAUAGCAGACAGCUUAUCAACCUUCCAGGGCCUUGCAGGUGUCAGGAGGAUUCUACUCCUACGUCUGACACUGAAUAACUAAAACACCCUGAGCUCUGACAAUAAGGUGCUCUAUCACAUCUGAGUCCCUCUUUCCACCUCCACUGUCCCUGCAGAUAGAAGGGCUCAGCUUCAAGGCACUGUGCUUAACAACGUGAGAUGUGCACUCUCACUGGGGCAUCACUCUGGAUCUGAGCUGCCCUACAGCCAGUGGCACCGAUUCUGUUAGCCGCAGACUCACUGUAAGCUUCCCAGGAGACUCAGGGAUUCUUUCUAUGCAGGGAAUGGGCAGGACACCGCUAUAAUCUGCUGAUUCGUUUCUGGUAGGUGAUAGUUACAAAGGGUCAAAAAUGGAGGUCAGGGAAACAUCUCUCAUCAUUCAUAUGGUUUUGUGUAAGUCAGUCUCUCUGGGACUUUAAUGUUCCCUUUCAUGAGAUAGGAGAGGGUGCCAAAUUGUGGAAGUGAUUAAACUAUAUCAAGUCAGAUCUCUCUGAAAAGCCAUUAUGGGGCGAACUAUUUUGAAGAAUUAUCUAUAAAAACUGCAUGCACACGGAGAUACACUCAUAUGCCUCAGAGUUUACACACUGUGGUAGACUAAAUAGGGGCCUCCCCAAAGAUGUUGAUGUUGUAAUCCUGGAAUUUGUGGACCUUACUCUAUGCUUUACAUAGAAAAAGAGACAUUGCAGAUGUGAUCAGAGUAAAGAUUUUGAAAUGGGGAUAUUAUCUCAGAUUAUCCUGGGGGGGGGGGCCAAUGCAAUCAUAAGGUUCCUUAUAAGAGGGGCAUAGGAGGAAUCACAGUCAGAGAGAAGGCAAAGUAGGAACCCAAAAGGAGUGUCAAGGAGCAUCAGAGUGACACCUGAGAAAUUAGCCAUUGCUGGCUUUGUCAUAAGCCAAGGGAAGGCAGACAGCCUCUAGAGGUUGCAAAACACAAGUAAAUGGAUUUUUCCCCUAGAGCCUCCAGAAGGAACACAACCCUGAUAAUACCUUGACUUUAGCCUAGUGAGACCUGUGUAACUGGUGUCAGAACAGUCAGAAAUAUAUACUGUUCUUAUAGUUACCGAACCAUAAUAAAUUUGCACUGUGUAAAGUCACUAAGCUUCUGGUAAUUUGUUUCAGGGGCAGUAUGAAACUAAUACACAUACCAACACAUUUCAGGAAAUUUAUGAACCCACAAACUGGUCAUGAAUGACAUGUCCUGGGUUAGGGUCUCUUCAAGGUAAUUUCUAGCACUAGCAUCCUAUGAUUCUAUAUGCACUGAUGCUCUGCCCCAGGCAAAAUUUGCUCCUGGUAAAUAAUCUAUAAUAGAAUAUUUUAUAAAUAUAUAUAAUAUAAUGCGUUCUAAUUGAAGGUAUUCUAAAGUGCAGAAAGAACAGCUGGAUAUAUAUUUUUUAGGUAUCAAUAGAUGUUUCAGUCUAAACUACAAAUAAAAAACAUUUCAACAUAUUUUUCUUCUCUAGUUGCUACUGAGUGACAUCAACAGAACUAUAUACGUAAAUUGUUUCACAACGUGGACAUAGCCAGCAUCUGAAAUAUGAGAAAACAAAUGCUAAAAGGGAAAAAAUAAAGCUAAUCUGGACCUAUGUGGUGCUUUUUGAUUACGUAAAUCUUAUAGAUCAAGAAAAAUCAGCUUAUUAGUUUAUGCUUACCAUUCUUUCACUUUGAGGUAGCUUGACUUUGAGAAAGCUGCCUACAAAAUAAGCAUCUUUACUCCAAUAAUGAUUUUAUAGAUCCUAUGAGGUCCUAUCAGACCAGAGAAAGGUCUGUAUUUUGUGGGGAUGAUAAAGCGAAAGACAAAACCAUCCAAGUGGUGGAGCGAGAAUAGUAAAAUUCGGUAUGCAAUUCACUACUACUUGCCAUCAGGGUGCCGGGCACUUUGAGUUCCUUCUUGGAAAUUUUCUGGAACCCACUCGCGUGGGGCUCUCGGAGCCGGACCUCACCGCAUGGACCCAGGUCUUUCCUUCCUGGAGUGUGGCGAGCCUGGGGUAUUCCCCGACUAUGUCUACAGCACCCAACGCGGGGUGGUGGCGGGUCCCUUACUCAAUGUGCUGCACCUCUGGCACCCAGGGUGGGUACCAGCGCACUACCUCCGAUCAGGUAGACCAUUGGGGUGGCGCGUCAAGUCCUCUGUGGCUUACAACUGGCCCUUCAGAUCGCUGUCCUCCCCAGCCCCUGAUCACAUGGUGACUUUGCGCUCUCCCGGACUAGUCAAGCGUAUUCCUUGCUGGCGAAUGCAACUGCUGGACUGGAUUCACCCACCUGGAAGGUAGGGUGCCGCUGACACUGAAAGAGAUCCCAUUUUAGGGAUGCGGUGAUCCUGGCCUGAAGAAAUCAAGACAUGGUUGGAAGAUAUGUAGUAAGUUUAGCCUGACUAGAAAACAAAUGAUCACUCACAUUUUCCAGCAUACUUUGGUUAAGACUUGCAUUUGUGGACAUCAACAAGAGAGCACAUUCUUUGAGAAAAUCACUGGAAGCCAGGAUUCAGGAGCAACAUGAUGGAUGAUGGAACUUAAUGAGAAUGAUAUGACCAACAUUACCUUAAUGGCAUUAGGAUACUGCAGAAGCAAGAACUGUAUUUCAGUAGAAGUUACAAAGAGUCAUGGCAUUCUGAGUAGUAACAGCACUGCUACUUUUUUUUUUUUUUUCCCAUGGUGGGAGACAGGCAGCUAGACAGGAACAGUGCAUUUUUAAUGAUAAAGAACAUGAAGAGAUGGUGCAUGGACACUACAGAGAAUCUUCAUGCUCACUGAUUAAACAAUAAACAAAUGCAUACGUGUCUCUAUUUUAAAUCUUCAUCAGUAAAUCACCAUAUCUUACUUGGCCCAUGAAUUUUUAAAAUACAUCUUUUAAUAAAAUUGCUUAUAUAGACAGGCACCCCACAAAACAUGUUUGUCCAGGAAGCUACACACCAUUAGGGGCAUCCCUGACUCAACCCUUCACUUUAUUUUCUCACAAGAAGCCAAAAAAUGAUUUGACUUAAGUGUUAUUUAACUCUCAAGUUCAUUUUCCUUCUACAUUUUAAGUAAUUUAUAUUGUAUUUCACUAGCCCUAUCUUCUUCUGUAUUUCUUCUCCUUUAUUUUCUCUCCUCCUUCUCUAUCUAGUACCUUUCAAAUCCAAAUCAAAGGUGUGUGUGCGUGUGUGUGUGUGUGAGAGAGAGAGAGAAAGGGGGGAGUAAUAUUAAUAAAUAACUCUAGUACAAUUUUAACAUGCCAUGAGAAAAAUAAAAUUAGGUAAAGUGGAUAGGGCAUACUGAGAAGAGUAGCUGUAAUUUUAAGCAGGGUAAUCGGGGUAGCCUCAUCGAGAAAGUUACAUUUGAGGAAAGACUUGAAGGAGGUGAGUGAGUAAGCCAUGUAGGUAUGGGAGGAAGAGCAUGCCAAGCAGAGGGAAAGCAAGCGCAGACUUCAGGAAGAGUACCUGCAUCGCAUGCUGGAGGAACUGUGUUAUUGUGGCAGGAGCAGAGAAUAGGUGGCAGAGCAGUAGGAGAUAAGGUCAGAGAGGUAACAAGAUGUGCAGGUGAGGCUUGCGGAGCCAGAUGGGCCUUUAAUUUGAGAGGGGCGGUUGGUUGAGUAGAGCGACAUGACCUGAUUUAUAUUGUAGCAGGAUCACUCUGACUGCUAUGUUGAGUCAGAGCAGAUUGUAAAUGAGGGCGGAAGCAGGGAGGUCAGUUAGGCUAGAAGUGAUACUGAGAUCACUACCCUUCAAGGGAACUCUCCAGAGUAUACAAAAUUAGAAUUUCAUAUGACUAUUUGUAUUUGUGACUAGUGAUGAGUUUUGGGACACUUGAGUAAAUGAAACAUUAGCUACAUGAACUAAGAGAAUUAAGAUUAACCUUUAAAUAGGGAAUCUGAAAUUCUGUGCAUCUGAGAGUAGUGAGAUUGCUUAGAAAAUUCAUAGGCACAGACAAGUAAAAAUAAACACCAGAACAGUUUUUAAAAACUGAUAUUAGGAAAUAGCAACUGGGAGUUUGCAUUACUUGCAAAGAAACUUAGGCGAAAACAAAUGAGUAAGACAACUAUCUUAGGGACGUUAUUCUUUAGUAAUGAAGAUGAAUGGAGAACAGUAACAGAGAGCAGAAGUGCUUCAGAAGAUAUUAUAUACAUUCAAAAUUAUGAGUAACACUAAUAUCCUACUUUUUAAUUUGCAAUGUGCUUUUAUAUACAUCAUUUCAUGUUCUCUGAAUGAUCUUAUAAGCUUAUUUAGCUUAUAAAUAGCUAAAGCUGGGCUUCUCACAUGUGGCCUCAGAUCCUGUGAUGUUCUCCCUACACCAUUUGCCUACCUGCAGAGCUUGAAACACUCCUGUCCUCUAACAUCUUUAUAAAUUAAAAACAAAACACUAAAAUAAAGCCAAUUUGCCUCAUAACAAUUCAGAAAGGGAGUAAAGGGCCUUCCUGUGUCUGUGAAGGGUCUUUGUCAUUGUCAAAAUCAAAUUAGAGAUCAACUAAAAAAUUCUUAAUGAUGUCCAUGUAGAUGUGAUGAAGAUUUGGGGGUGUUCUCUUGAUUACAUUAGCACUGGAACUCUCUUAGGGAGGUAUCUGCAGUAUUAAGUAACAGAACAAAACCACCACAUGAGCAUUCUGAAAUAUGAAGGCUUUAUAGUGAAUAUAUGUAACAGGCUUGAAAAGGUUAUUUUACCAAAAAUUCCGUUAAUAGUAAAACAAAUAAAGGAGCACUUCAUUUAUUAAAUUAAAACUUGCAACCAACAUUAAUCUUUUUCUAAAUAUAAACCUUAAAUUUGUUGUCUUGCUGUGUCUCAUCUAUUCUGAUAGGUUGUUUUUAUUAUCAGUUAGGAAAAGUUUAAAAAUUUUACCUUCUUCUUUGAUCCAUUAUUUAAAGGUGUUAUCAACUUCUUCUGUCAAACUCAUUCCGUCUUCAUUACCUGUCAUUUGGUUACUAGAACUUCAUCUUUCCUAUUGUUCUAGCCAAAAACCAUUUUUGACUUCUCUUUCUUACAACCCACAUCAAAUCCCGAUCCUACAGGAUCUGCAAAUUCCUUCUCAUCCCCCAGUUCACUGUGCAUUAGCCACACUGGCUUCCAAAAUACCAAGUGGACUCUCACCUUAGGACCUUCGCACUGACUCUUCUGUCCAGCUCGUCCCAACAAACCAUUGCUGUGAACUCAGGAUAUCCAGAAAAAUAAGCACCUUAUAUUUGCAAAGUUACUUCAUGUAUUUUAUUUGAUUCUCACCACUGUCCGUAGAGUUCCCAAUUUUUCCCUCAAAGUUUAAAAGAAUGACCCAAAUCAACCUUUAAGACCCAGAAUCAGUACCAAAGUGUACCUGAAUGUGUUUAACUAUUCCUCUGCUAAUAAGUAGUACUUCCCAAUAGAAGAUCAAGAGGCUUUCUGGUCCAUAGUACAUCAUCAUUUUAACAAGAGAAAACUUCAGGGGCAUCUGGGUGGCUCAGGUCAUGAUCCCAGAGUCCUGGGAUCGAGCCCCACAUCGAGCCCUGCAUUGGGCUCCCUGCUCUACGGGAAGCCUGCUUCUCCCUCUCCCACUCCCCGUUCGUGUUCCUGCUCUCACUGUCUCUGUCAAAUAAAUAAAUAAAAUCUUUAAAAAAAAUAUCAUUCCUCCAUUGAAUUGCCUUUAAAAAAAAUUUAAAAAAAAAGAGAAAACUUCAGAGCCUUUAUCAUUGGGGAACUUAUUUAAAAAGUGUUACCUCCACUACACAAGUGAAAUCAGCUUUACUAGAGAAAACGAAAGAAAAUACAAAAGAACGUGAAGUAUAUGUUGCGAGUAUUUUCUUACAUUUCCCCAUGUUCCUUUUUGACUUAUCAUAUCCAUGUUCCUUUACUAUAAACAUAAAAUAUAAAUAGCUCGUUAAUAGUCUUCUCUUAAAAGUACCAUGCUCAUUUAGCGAUUUUCUUAGCUUGUGCCAUUAUGGGUCUCUGAAAAUUUUAACUGCUGCGAUGAACUUGGAGACAACAGAUGCGUAUAUUUUAAGUAUUACCUCCUCAAUUUUAUUCUCCCAAAUCAAAAAUUCUGAACAUUUUCCGGAGUACUGAUACUUAUUUUUACAUUGCUUACCAAAACUGUUAAAUGAAAUCUACACCCCCCUUUAUCAACUCACAGAAAUAAAUCACACACUUAGAACUAUGUCCGGCCGCGUUCAGUUUACAAAAUCAGUAAGGAAGCCCAGGGAUCUAGAACUCAGAUCUCUGGACUUCCAGUCAAUUUCUUCCCCGAUUCCCUGCAACUGGCUAUUUAGCAACUAGGCCGACCCGCGCGUCGCACCAGCAGAGCUUCUGCUUCUCUGCCCACUAGAGUCUACCCUGGUCGGCCUCUCGCCCAACUCCCCCGGGAUGCCAAGGAACUAGGAGACUCGACAAGUGUAGAAAUCACCUGGACCCCACCAUUAGCCGACAGAAGCAGCGCGUCGGUGAGCCCCGCCGAGGCCACAGGGUCGCAAACCGGAAGCCGGAAGCGACGAAGUUCGCGGAGGCGCCCCGCGUCCCGCCCGCAGCCACUUCGUCCCGCC